AUGGAUUUUUCUAUUCCGAGUUUUCUUCCUAACGAUGCUGUUCGAAGGCUUCAGGAGCACGUUAGAGACUAUAAGGAGGGCGAUUUAACCUCCAAAGGCUAUAUUAAGAAAAGGCAAGAACUUCUCAAGGAGUAUACCAGCAGCGCGACAUCUCACCACCGAUCCAGCAGCGUUAGAUCUACUCUUUCGCCGAAAUCGAAGUCACAUGCUCGAAAUCACAGUUUAGCGUCGUCAACUCAAAGUCGUGUCUUCGAUGUGGACUCGUCUACCGUGUCGCGUCAAGGAUCCUCGAUUUACAGAGUCACGACCUGCAAGUCCAAUUCAUUCACGGCUCAGAGUCCCACAACCUCAUAUACUGUGAUGGGCGACAGAGCUUUGGGGCCCUCAUAUCAACCAAUGAUCCCGCUAGUACCCCGCAAAGAUCCCUCGCCGCUGAUCGAAUCACUGCCGUCCAUUCUUCGCGGAAGAUCGCAGCUUUACGAAAAGGAAAUCGCUUUUGUUAGCAUCAAUCGCAAGAUCAAGGAAUCGGUUGUCACCUGGGACAAGCUUUACUUAAGAGCAGAGAGAAUAGCACAUGAAAUCAGUAAACACAAGCUUUACAAAAUGGACAAGAUACUUCUUUGGUAUAACAAAGACGAAAUUAUCGAGUAUGCGGUAGCACUAAUGGGUUGCUUUAUUGCCGGCAUGAUUGCCGUGCCGGUGUCGUUCGAAACCUACACAAUGUCUGAUAUCACCCAGAUAGUAUCACUUACUAGCUCCAAAUUCGUUCUUAUAUCCGAGAGUUGCUUACGCCAAAUCGAUAACCUUCACGUGGCAAAUAGCACCAAGAUCAAAUUAACCAAGAGUGACAUAUUUUCUCGCAUGACAUUUGUGAAGACGGAUGAGUUGGGGACAUACACAAAGGCGAAGAAAAAUACCCCCACGUUUGACAUCCCUAGCGUCUCAUAUAUCGAAUUUACUAAAACUCCGCUAGGUCGCUUGUCGGGUGUGGUCAUGAAGCAUAAAACUUUAUCAAGGCAACUGGAAACGAUGGCGAGCACUCUAAAUUCUCGGAGUAAAGUUCAAUGGCGGAAGGGUGACAUAAGGAGGUCUCAUAAGGGUCAAAAGAGCUCAUCGCGUUACGUUAUACUGAACAGUUUGGAUCCAACAAGAUCAACUGGACUGAUCCUUGGCCUAUUAUUUAACAUUUUCACAGGAAAUCUAAUGAUUAACGUCGAUGAGUCUAUUUUGCAAGAUCCCAUAGGUUACGAGAACGUCAUCAAUCGAUACAGGGUUGAAAUUUUACUCAAUCACCAACUACAACUGAAGCAGGUUGUAAUAAAUUAUCUCGACAAUCCCGUCUUGACCACUUCCAAGAAGAAGAGCAAAAUUGAUUUGAGUUGCAUAAAAUGGUGUCUAACUUCAUGCACAACUAUCGACACUGAAGUUUCUGAUAUGAUUGUUCACAAGUGGUUGAAAAACCUGGGCUGUUUGGAUGCUUCUGAAUGUUACUCUCCCUUUCUGGCUUUGCUCGAUUUUGGGGGUGUUUUUAUUUCGACCAAGGAUCAGUUAGGAUCUUUGGAUAAUUUUCCGGUCCACAGUCCGAAACUGCAGCUUCAGGAUGAACUAUUCAUUGGCAAAGAAGAGCUAAAAGAUAAUAUCAUUAAACCUAGUAUUACGGCUAUGAUAAACUCUUCAAGCUCCACAAAAGAUUAUUUGCGAGUGGCUUCAUUUGGCUUUCCAAUCCCCGAUGCAACGGCAUGUAUCGUCAACCCCGAUGAUCAAACCCUUGCCCCAGAUUUGACAGUAGGAGAAUUGUGGAUAUCCUCUCCUAGCAUAGUGGAUGAGUUCUAUCAAAUGGAUAGGAUUAAUGAUUUUGUCUUCAAAGCUAAGUUGAAUUACAAGAAGAUGUUCGAAAUAUGGCAAACAGUCAAUUCUUCGAUCCACUCCAAGAUUGAAGGAUCAUCCGAUCGCGUUAGCAUGAUUACGAACAUUUGCUCCCCCCAAACCAACUUCUUACGAACCAAACUCAUGGGUUUUGUUCACAAUGGCAAGCUUUACAUCCUUUCCAAUGUGGAGGAUAUGUUUCUGCAAAAUAAGCUGAUAAGACUCCCCAAUUGGUCCCAUACAUCCGACGUUACUCGAGGAAAGAAAACUGAUGAGAAGAGUAUCGCACCCACCGAUCCAGAGGAUUCAAUCAGCUCACGAAGGGUGGUGCAGACGUUUUACCUUCAGCAUAUUACUGAAAAUAUUGUCAGGAUGGUUGACAAAGUUUCUGAACUUUCCGUAUUCGAACUACCCAACAAUCGUGAAGAGCAUUUUUUGGUAAUGGUAGUGGAAAGUAGCCUUGCAAGGGCUGCUUAUUCCCAAUAUAGCCAAACUUCCCUCGAGAGCACUGAACAAACGAGAGAAGUUAGGGAUAAGAAAAUGAAUACUUUCGUCGAGCAGAUAUACAAAAUUCUCUGGAUUUUCCAUCGCAUACAACCUUUUUGCAUUCUUGUUGUUCCGCCUAAAACUCUUCCAAGAAGAUACUGUUCAUUAGAGGUUGCGAACAGCACCGUUGAAAAGAAAUUCUUAAGCGGUGAACUCCCCUCUACAUUUGUGAAGUUUCAAUUUGAUAAUGUGAUAUUGGACUUUAUACCACACUCCAGCUUCUACAAUGAGAGCAUUUUUUCCGAGCACCUUUCUACGCUGAGACACUCGGCAAUGUUAGAAUCAGAAGAAGGCUUGAGGAGCAUAAAAGAUGUUGGUUGUCAAACGUCGGGAAUCGAUUAUCGAGAGAAAUCUUUUGAUCCGAGAGAGGGCCUUGAGCUCACAAAGUUCGAUAACAUACUUGAGAUUCUUGAGUGGCGAUCAGAUGCUCAAGCCAAUAAUUUCGCUUUCAGCGAUGGAGGUUCUAGCAACUCCCCCGGCAGCGGAACGUCGCACGUGCAUCCAAGGAUCUCUUGGAAAGGAUUGAAUGCUAUAAUCGCGCCGUUUAUCAAGAAGAUAGCGCUAUCCAAAACUCCACUCAAGAGAGGGGAUCAUGUUCUCAUCAUUUCUGACAAUAGCGUAGAAAAGGUCGCAAUUAUAAUGGCCUGCUUUUAUUGUGGCCUCACGGUUCUCCCACUGGAGCCUUUGAAAGAUUCCAACUCCCAGUCAGAAGUGAGCUUUUUAAUGAACGUCAUACAAAGUUAUAAAAUCAAGCGGAUCUUCGUUGAUUUUGAAAUGAACGCAAUACUAGAAGAAAGUACUAACAUCAGCAGAAAUCUAAAAAAAUUCAAGCAUAUGCUACCCAAAAUCACAGUGUAUUCUAAGAUCAAGAAGAAAAGUGGUCAAUCUCCGAAGGAUUACAAGGAAACUUUGAGAGAGAAAUUUGGCAUCAAAACCAGCAGCCUGCCCAAAACCGAACCGUGCGUUAUUUGGAUUGACAGAGAGUCUGAUAAUUAUCGCGAUAUCAAUGUUGCGUUGCGGCACAAAGAUUUGUUAAACAUGUGCAAGAUUUACAAAGAGACUUUGCAACUAACGAGCGAUAAUCCAAUUGUUUCCCUGUGCUCUCACACCAUCGGCAUGGGUUUCUUGCAAUUCUGCUUGAUGGGGAUAUAUAUCGGAGCUACCACAUUUGUUUUUAAGCAAAGUGAGGUGACAAGAGAUCCUAAAGAUUUUAUGAUCGCUCUCCAGAAUCUGAGCGUCAAGGACGUUAUUUUGGAUCCAGAUAUGCUAUAUCUGGUUAUGGACAAAGGAAACUCAAUCAUAUCCGCGAGAAGCCAAUCUGCCAAUGAGAAGUCUGGCAGCAAGUUGACGAAGACCACACUUCGCCCGGAUUUUUUGAGAAACGUUCAAAAUAUAAUGGUUCCUUUCAAAGGGCGGCCAAAAUUCUACGCCAUUACGAAUUUGCUGGCCCGCUAUUCUUCAAUAGUAAUCGAUCCCAUGCAGAUAAAUUACGUCUACCAUCACUCUUUCAACCCGCUUAUAUCGCUUCGGUCUUAUUUGGGAAUUCCGCCGAUGGAUAUCUAUCUGGAUCCAACCUCGCUCAAGGAAGGCAUAGUCAAAGAUGUCAAUCCUUACGCCAUAUCUCCCAGUGAACUGGAAAGGUGUAUUCAUUUGCAAGAUUGUGGCAUUGUGCCAGUGUGUGCCGACGUCUCCAUCGUCAACCCAGAGACGCUUGAGCCUUGCUUCGAAAAUGAGUUUGGGGAAAUCUGGUGCUGUUCAGAGGCCAAUGCCUAUGACUAUUACAUAAGCAAGGCUGACGCACCGUUCCGUGAGGUCGGUUCUGGGGGCCACAAGAAAGGCGGCAAAGGUGGCCUUGCGAAGGACUCGUUUCUAUCAGCCCAAUUCAAGGCGCGUGCCAAGGGCGAAAAAGACAAUGGACUCUCCUAUCUGAGAACAGGGGAUCUGGGGUUCAUCAAAUCGGUAAGCACCACCGACAGCCGUGGAAACGUCUUGAACUUAUCGCUGCUCUAUGUUUUAGGCAGUAUAAGUGAGACUGUGGAGAUUUUAGGUCUGACGCAUUUCGUCGCCGACCUUGAAAUGACGGUAAAGGCGUCGCAUUUCUCGAUUUCCAGUUGUAUCGUAGCGAAAGCAGGCGGAUUACUGUGUUGUCUACUCGAAUGCAGGGGUAAACGCGUACCAGAAUACUCGAACUUGGUUCCUUUGAUCGUUGCAGCUCUUCUUCAAAAAAAUGGUGUCGUAAUCGAUCUCUGUUGUUUCGUCCGCCCUAAUUCUUUGACUUAUGCCUCGAAGGACUGGAGCAAACUACGUGUGACUUUGUUAUCUGACUGGCUGAACCAGAAACUACGCAUUGACGAGCAAGUCGGCGUAAAUUUUGGUGAGAAUAACUCUAUCUAUUUGCUGUCAGAUUUCGAGAGAACUAGUCAAUAA